AUGACUCUUGUCGCAGAUUCCGAUUAUCCACGCGUUAUAAGUGCGCUUCACGGCCUUGAGACACGACAAAUUCGUGUGGGUAAAACCGUCACGGCGGCGUUCCACCAGAUCACUGACGCAAUUCUUGCUUCCCGCCCAUAUGACCGCAUUGUGGUGGAAAGUGGCACGUACUUCGAAAACAUCACCAUAAAGCAUCCACUAGAAUUGUGCGGUGCAAAGGAUGCGGAGCCUCCCACCAUUGUUUCUGUGGGCCCUUGCUUGGUAGUUGACGUGGAUGGGCCGAUCAUUUUGCACGGCCUGAAUAUCACAGCGAAGGGAAAUCGUGCUUCGGAAAAUCAAGCUGUUGUAGUUAAACGGGGCAACCCGCGCAUUGAAGAAUGCGAUAUGACUUCUCUGUAUGUAAAAAAUGACUCCAAACCGCAUGUAUCGCACUGCCGUAUUCACAGCUCGCGCCAUGGGGUUGGAAUUUCUGUCAUUGGAAACGGCAGCGGGAUUUAUGAGCAUAAUCACAUCUUUGACCACGAGGGUGAGAGCCUCUAUUUCGACACGGCAGGAAAGCCGAUCGUACGCCACAAUCGUAUUAGUGAAACCAAAGGGCGGAGCGGCGUGGUUGUGCACAUGAGUGGGCGUCUCUCUGGGACGACGGAGGUGUUAUUUCAUGACAACAUUAUUACUGGCGGUGGGGAGGCGGCCAGUAAUUCUCAGGUGGAUCAAGUACCCACGCACUCACUUCAAGUUUUGCUGAAGAGGGUCGCACCCGAAGGUGCGGCUCUGGUGCGUGUGGUUCACAAUGCCCACCCUGUUAUGGUGUCCAAUAUGUUGUCUAAUGGUGUAACAGGGUUCCGUAUUAACGACUGCAGACUCUCCCCCGAGUGCUUUUGUGGCAACCGCAUAGGCAACUGUAGUGCCUGGGGUAUUGUUGUGGGCGGGGACUCUACAGUUACAGUCGAUGGAAAUGAUGUUCAGGGCUGUGGUGCUGGAAUUUACGCACGCACCACCCAUGUACGUGAAGAGAGCAGCGGUGGCGAUGGUGAGGAUGCCAUUGGUCCAUGUGUCUCAAUAUGUAGAUGUAAUUUGCAGUGGAACUCUUAUUAUGGGUUUGUCAUUGAUCGUUCAGCGGUUAAGGUUAACGAAUGUAAUGUAGCAGAGUCAUCAACAGGUAUGGCUUUUGUCGGAGACUGUACGGGAAGUGUUGUUACACAAAAUGUGCUCUCCAGAAAUAGCGUCACCGGAUUCUCUAUCUGCAAUCAUGGUUCGGUGGUUAUCGACGACAACCUUGUCUCUGGGUUCAAUGAAAGUAUGUACGGUAUUUUUAUACAAGAUAACUCAAAUGUAGUCAUCCGAGGGGUGAAAGUGUCGAGGAUGGCGACAGCGAUUACAAUGUCGGGAGGAAGCCGGCUCGUCCUGGAGAACAGUUCCAUUAAGGAUGUGUCCGUGCAUCACAUUGUUAUUGAAGAGUCAAGUCAGGCAACACUUAGCAGAAAUACAUUGAAAGGAAGCGGCGGCGCCUCCGUUGUGGUAACGGGCCGCAGCAACUGCCAUCUCGUUGGUAACUCCCUGCUGAUUAGCCAAAAGGAAGGUGUACUUGUAGAAGAAGGCUCGAGGGCAACUAUUGAAAAAAACAACUUAGGUUCCAUGCGGGAGGUCAUUUACGUGAAGAAACAAAGUACAGCUCAUGUGCGGGGAAAUGAUGUAGCAAUUUCUCGCUACGGCGUUGUCGUGGCGGGUCCGGGAAGCGAAUGUACGGUUGUUGGUAAUAACUUCCGUGGCUUGACGGGACCAGGAGUAUACGCCUUCGAAAUGGGCACCGCUACCAUAAGCAGUAACCAUAUGCGCGACUGUUCCGCUACUUGUAUUCAGGCAGGGACAGGCGCUGAGGCACUCAUCGAGGGGUGCACGUUUACGGAUUGUAGGAGUGGUGUUGUCAAUGCUGACGGAGCCGAAACGCAUUGCAGGGUUGUAAAGUGCCACAUGAAUCGGGUUGGCCACGGCAUCCAGUAUACAGGAGCGGCCAAGGGCGUUGUCGAAGAAAAUAGCAUUAACUCAUGUAGAGAUUUUGGCGUUUCUUGUGAGUCGCAUACACCCGUAGUAGUACGAAAGAACACGAUAUCUGAUUCGGCAGUCGGUUUGAAUCUUUGUGCAGAGGGUACUUUGAGUCGACUCAUUAUCAGUGGGUGCAAGACGGGAGUGCUUGCCAAGUUCGGGGCUUCCGACAAAGUCAACGAUAUCCAGGUGUUGAAUUGCAGCAUAGGGAUUACAUUUACGCGGGGGACAAUGGUGUCACUCGACACUGUAAAAGUUAAUGCCUGCCAAAAGUACGGUAUUGUUGUUGCAGGCCCCUCUCCCAAUGCUACAGUUGUUCAGGCCACUGUUGAGAAGUGUGGCGUGGCUGGAGUCGCUAUAUUAGAAAACGGUGCUUGUUCAUUAGAGCAGUGUGUCAUUAACCGUAAUGGAAAGGGCGUGCUGCUCAGGCAGCCGGACAAUGUUAGCUUCAAGGACUGCUUUAUUGCACAGCAGCGUCAGGGUGUUGUGGCGAUUCCCGGGGAGGGUGAACGCAUCAGGGAAACUUCUUUCUCCAGAUCGGUGAGAGAAGGGAGUGCGCUGUUCCUCAGCUGUACCAUUGGAGGAGACGAAUGCGAGGAGGGCGUUGUGGCCGGUGAUUGUGAUACCACGCUGUACUUCGAAAAGUGCAGGAUCGGUGCGGGCAUUGCGGAGAAAGGUGUUGGUGUUGUCGUGAAAAGCGGUGCUGUGGUGCGCAUGAAUAGGUGUGACAUCACAAAAUGUUCGAGAGCUGGAUUUCUCGCUUCUACGGCUGCACGGCUUUUGGCGGAACGGGUAACCGUGGAGAAGUGCGCAAUUGGAGUGCUGUUUGCGUCACCAGCUGACGAAGAGACAAUGGCAAUACAGGAAUUGGACAGUGAGGCGCAGGCGUUAGUUGAAGAGUGUCCAACAGAAACUCACACGAGUGGAGGCAGCAAUAGGAUUAUUGAUGUUGAACUCGGUGGCAGCAUACUCAGGUGGGCGACUUUUAGAGAUCUCACAAUUAGUCGUUGUGAGAACGCAGGGGUAUGGUACAUGUCCCAGAGUGUUGGUGAAAUCACGAAGUCAACCGUUCAGGAGUGCACAACAGGGAUUGUGGCAGAGCAUGGCAGCCGAACGAUCCUGCAGGCGGUACAAGUAAGUGGAUCGAGGGGCCGUGGCGUUCUUCUUCCCGCAAGACUUUCAAAGGAAGCAGAAGUCACGUUCAUCACCAUACAAAACUCGGAGAGCCACGGUGUGGAGAUUACUGCAGACGAAGCGGGCGAUGAUAGUGAUGAUGUGGCGCUCGUGAAAGUUAAAAACUGCGAAAUAUUCGAUAAUAAAGGCAGCGGAAUUGUGCUUCAAUCCAGUGUAACAUUGGAAAGCUGUUGCAUCAGCGGUAACGAGUGCAGCGGAAUACUCUGCAGUGGGAACGAUUACCAAGGGAACCUCCGUCCACAUAUCUCGCUCUGUCAGCUAGAAAACAACAAAGAGGCGAAUGUCAUCGCUGCGGGAGGCUGUAUACCUGAGUUGCACAGCUGCGUUUUAGAGGGUGCAGGCGUUGGUGUGCGUGUGGAAUCGGCUGUCAGUAUGGUGAAAUGCAUUCUACGAUAUAUGGGCGUCGCUGCCAUGUUUACGCAUCCUGAAUCUUCUCCUAGUGACAGUGGCUUCAUUGAUUCCCAUCUUUCACGAUGCGUGCUUAAAGACAACGGAAUAGGUCUCUCGUGUCACUGGAAUGCACCUGCAUCUGAUGAAAGCAGAAUACUUGUAGAAAACUGCAUGUUUGACAAUAGCACUAAGGCGAGUGUGGAGGUGGGACAAGGCCCGCUGGUGCACAUAGUGGCGACCACAUUUGAAACCUCAAGAAAGGCGAUUUGCGUGGAGGAAUAUGGAAGGGUGGACGCCGAGGGUUGCGUUUUCAUAGGCAACCUGCAAGGAGUGAUUAUAACAAGUCCGCAAUACGUGGAGGUGCAUAGGUCCCGUUUUCUUCGUGAUGGAAACUGUGGAAUCACGGUUGGGGGAGAUAGGGGUGAGGUUCAAAUACGCGACAACUGCUUCAAGGAUAGUUCAAAAAAAAGUGUUCACAUAUCCACUGAGAAUGUGCUCACUUGUGUGCAGAAUAAUAUUUUUGAGCAGGCUACAAGCGGGAUUGUCAUGGAAGAGUCGCCUAGAGUCUACGUUUACAACAACGUCUUCCGCAAAUGUGGAACGGCAGUUACGAUGCGUAGCCCAGGGUGUUGUGGCGUCGUUGCGGGUAACAUCCUCGAGGAGAAUACAUGUGGGUGCCUCUGUGAGACUGAAGCCAAAACCAAAGUGUGGCGAAAUGAGUUCAGUGGUAACAAGAAAUGUGGCAUAAUGGUAACAACGGGGGCACAUCCUGUUGUGGUAGAAAACAUCUUCAAGCAACAGGAUAGCAGUAACAGCAGAGCAGUGUCUGUGUGCGACGGUGGAAUAGGACAUUUCGCGAGCAACCGGUUUAUCAAGAAUGUGUGCGGUGUGUUCCUAGAAUCCACGGGGAGUGUGGUUAUAGUUAAUAAGAAUACAUUUGACGGAAACGAUGUUGGUGUGCAGAUAGGGAAAGAGACCACGGCGCAUGUCGUGACCUGUCUGUUCCUUAACAGUGGUACUGCUGAUGUCUGCGCGUCCCAACAAAUAGCCCGAGGUCAAUGCAUAUUGGCGUAUAACUGCUUCUGCUCGGAAGCCGGUACCGCAGUCACGUUGGGUGAGCAAGCCGCUGUCAUUAUUUACAGGUCGCUGUUCAUUGGAUCUAAGGGAAGAGGGGUGGCCUUGGAGGGCGUGUCCCAGUCGAUGGUGUGUGAAUCGUAUUUUAGUGGGCUAAGCCUUGGCCUCUUUGCCGGUGAGCGUGCUGGAGGCCGUAUUGUGAACUGCAUCUUCUUGCGCUGCCUCAGGGCAGUAGAGGCGUGCCAGCACGCAAAAACCGCCUUUCACGACUGCUUCUUCUUCGCCCGUUCAAGUGCUCAACCGGGGAUGGUAACGCUGAACAAGCACGCCGAACCAGUCUUCUCGCACUGCGAAAUCAUUGGUACGGAUAAGAGCUCAUCUCCGCUGUUGUGCUCCGUUGGGAACGGCGUUGUAGAAGAGUGUCUAUUUAGUUCGGGGAAUACCUCCGUGUCACUGGGUUCCGAAUGCAGUACAAAACUUAGUGGGAACAAAUUCCUACGGGGUAUUUAUGGGGUCGUACUGCUCGCUGAAUGUGCACCGACGAUGGAUGGAAACACUUUUGACUCGCAUGAUAAGGCGGCUGUGAAAAUUAUGAGCCACGCGGGUGGCGUUAUGAGAGAAAAUGCCUUUGUGCAACCAAUCGAAAAUGGUGGUAUUCUUGCCGGUGCAAAUAAUGUGGUUAUAGAGAAUUCCAAACAUAUUGAGGCUACUUCCAUCGGGGAGAAGUCGGGCAAGAGGGUGGGGAAUCACGCCGCUGUGGAGGAAAGGUUUCUAACCACCCUCGCGAAGUGGUUGCGGGCAGCACCGGCUUGGACAAGAAAUGAUUUGAGGGGGAUGCCAAGCGCAGCAACCCUUCCCCCAGUUAUACGAGAGAGUUUGAACACAGUGGAAGACGAUGAGAAAGAGGGAGAUCAGGCCGAGGGCGGGGAACAAGGCGGGGUUCAGCCACAGAUGUCAAGGGCCAACAGGGGUACAGAUGAAAAAACGCCGGGAGGUGAGGGGGCACAGGCCGAUGUGAAGCAGAAACGAGCCCCGGUAGUCGGGAGGGGGGCCGGAAGGAGAAGGAAGAUACCACCUUAUGAGUUCACCCCCGACAACGAUAUAUCCCGUGCCCCGGAAGAUAUUGUGAAUGAGCUACAGUCGUGGUUAGAGGGGAGCAACAUCACGCUGAUAGUUGAAGAGGAGAAUCGUCCCACCACCGGUAGCGCAGCUAGCCAAACGUAUAACAGUAACAUGUUGCUUGGUGUCGAUGAGGGUAUAUCUCAAAUGAAGAAACUGCAAUCUGACAAAAAAGAGAGCCAUCAGCUAACCAGUGAUCGCGAAGAGGACCAAGGCACAUGGAUGAGUAAUUCUCACGUUACGAGCGUGGUGGGUUCUUCAGAAAGAGUUCGUGAUCCAUUGGAUAAGCAUCAGGACACUGCUAGUGGUUGGGGACCUGGCCCCGAUCCCAGUGCAGACUUGGGCGCUUCCAAGAGCGAAGAUGAGACAAUGCUCCAAAUACCUCUCGAGGAGCACUUGGAAGCCGUGACCGAGGACCCACAACUAUCGGCGAGGCAUGUAGAAAAAGGUUUGGAAAGGGCACCUAGACGUCCUUCCCCACCGCUAUACAGUACCAAUGUGGAAGUGCAGCAGCGCGGGCCCCCAAGGCGCGGCCCACCGGAAACGUUUGUUCGCACAAUGGGUUUGAGCACAGUAGCGAGGAGGAAUCGAGAGGCGGAUUUGAGGAGAAGAAGUAGUGUUGCCAUGCAAUCAAAGAAGAGACGGAGGACACGUAGGAAAAGUCUCGCAGCCAUCAAUGUUGGACGCAGUCCGGUGCCAGGUGGGAAAGGAAAGGAAGAGGGCACCACGCCGGCUGGCAGCGAACGCCCGAGAUACCCAACACCCUCAGGAGGAUUCAUGGGGAUUGAAGGAGAUAGCUGUUCUGCGCCUUCUUUCGAUCCGUCACAUCUAUCUCACUAUAAUGGAGAUGCAGAAGAACUUAGUGGUACCACGCUGGGGAACGAUAUAUAUCUGACUGAAUUUGGAGUAGAGAGCGCGUCUACGAGAAGGGGGAUGCCGGAAUUCAACGGAUCCUGUGAAAGCCAAGGUGAGCGUAUAACAUCAGGAUCGCGGCCGGAUCGGGACCUACUGAAAAAUGUAACCCUGAAUUUUAGCCUUCUUGGACAGCUGUCCUUUAGCCGGAACUCCAACAGAAAUCCUUCACCGUUGCCGUGUGGUGAAUUUCUUGGCGCAGAUGAUCACCGCUUCGACGGCAAGCCCAACAAAAAUGUGGCCAGGAGCGCGCCAGUUGAUUUGGCGAAAAACGACAGCAAAGGUGCCCUUGGAACAGGCAGCUACCAAAAGGGACCCAAGGAACACGUGGGGCUAAGGGCUAUGAUGAUGGAUCAGAGCGGGGAUAUGAAGAAACAACUUGACUCAACCAGGCCCCGUGCGGUGCGAGAGAGCGAAACCAAGCGUCAGUUACUUCCUGCAGACUCAGCAGGGGAAGCAAUGGGGGCUCGUACAGCGCCAAGUGGCAGAACCGGGCGCGAAGGUGCUCCAAGGUGCUCAGUAGAUCAGUUUGUGGUGCAUUCAGGAGCAGCACAGCAAACAAAGAGGAUUUCAAAGAAGGGGCGAGCCGAGAAGAAGUUCGUCAAGAAGAAGGUGUACCCCGUAUCCGGAACGGCACGUCGGGGUAGAAAAGACAAUAACUACAGCGCUGAGGAGACACAGACCUUCAAUAAAAUUUCACGCAGGGAGGGUGGGAAAGAAAAUGAAAGCAUGCUAUCCGAAAAAACUGCGGAAAUUUCAGCUACUGUGGGUGAUGGAGGAGCACCCAAAGGCGGGAGUACGACGAUCGCCGAGGGUCCACCAACACGGGCGUCGACAAGUCGUCCAGCAUUAGGUGAGAAGCAACUGCAUGCCAAUGCUAGCGGACAGCCCAGCAAGGUUUCGUUGCUUGGAAUCACGAAGAGACCAACGGAGCCUGGCGUGGAAGUUCCGCAUGAUGGGCUUAGCGGUUGGACGAGCACGGCCGCAUCCGAGAGUUAUACGUGCGGUCUGUCGGUGGGCAGUCGCGAGGGACUCCGCACAGGUGCUUCGGGGCGUGCCGUUGGAAAUACGACUUGUGCUGGGGCUGCUGAUGGCUCAUUACUGCUGAAUCGGAUGGGCCACGCAAUGUCAAGUCGCGCAGUUACGCGAGAGGGCGAGGGUAAGGGUGGGCUGUCACCGUCCGCUGACAGAGCUAAAGACCACCUUGUGAAGGAGUCGCGAACGAUUCCAUUCAGUGGCGAGAAGGGAUCCUUCGCUUCACCGAAUGAGAGGUCACAGGACUUUGCUCGUGGAAAUAAGAAUGUUACUGUUCCGCAGCUCUCGAUUGGGGUACUAAAGGACAAGGAACGCAGCACGCCUUCCCGCCGUGAAGCGGACGCCCCAUCGGCUACGUAUCCAAAAGCCAACCGCGAGCAUGUGCCGCAUGAUGCUGCUGAGCCGCUAAAGCUGAAGCAGGCGGGGAAGUUAAGAAACCAAACUUGUGGAGAGGGGAAAGGCUACCCUCUGUACCCUCCAGGGGAUAUUCUCUCACGAUCUGGGGAAAGUCAAGGGUGGGAAAGCGGCGCAACGUUUUGGAAACCUGUGGGUCAGCUUUCUGAAAAUGGCAGGGCGAUGCUUGGAGCACUUCAAAACGAGGUGUUCGCGGGUGAAGCCAAUGUUUUCGACCCCCCAUGGGGAGAUGUAACCGGACCCAAAGAAACUGAGGUGUUCUCUCUCGCGACUCCAACGACGGCUCGCACGGAGACACAAGCCGGAGAGCCGUGCGGCAGUUCCAGUGAGGCGGGUGAGCUAGAGGCAAGUGUUGAAGAUGUCAUCGCACUGCUUCGAUGGCUGGCUGACAUGAGGCAACGGAAGCUCAUGACUCGCGAAGGAUUUAGUCGUGCAGUGGACUGCAUGAAGGAAACAUCAGCGGUGCCGUUCUUUUUCUGUGAGAAUUCAGCUGCAGGAGGCCCAACGGUAAUGGUCCGUCUUCCCAAGACAGCCGAUCAAGUAGUUGUUGUGCCACUCCUGAAACCUAACCAGAAAAUAGAAAUCGAAGUAGUGAGGAACACCCACAUCUUACCCCCAUGCAUGGUAAAACCAUCACCAGUUGCAUCACCAAAGCAGGAAGAAAAAGUCAACGUCGUGAGGAUUAAUACCUGUGUAGCACUGCCUUCCUUAGUGAAGAAAAUCGAAGAAACACCCAGGGGUAGCAGCCCCCCACACCCUGUCAGUGCGAAUAUGUCGUCACUCUCUACCGGCUACCCGCGUCAGAGCCCACCCAACAGCCCCGGUGCGAGCGUCGGGCAUUUCGCCACGUUGGAGAGUUCGCACAGCUGCCUCGGCUGGCGUCCCAACGUGGAAUCGGAAGAAAAGGGUGUGAAAUCAGCACGAACAGCUUACACGGCAAGCAAACAACAAGUGACUGCGUCUAGUGGUUUUGGGAGGCGCCGAUUUGCUGCGGCCAUUCCGAAAGACGCGAACCGAACACUUGUACCUUUCAACCCUGCCGAUCCAAAAGGAACUUCUCCGUUCAUCAACGCUGGGAAAGUAGCUACUUUCAUUACUGCCGGUACACCAAACGUUAUCCUGUAG